AGUCUUUCUGCUUCAAGCAUUUUGUGUCCGCCACUGUUCAUCUCAUUGACUCAAUGGCGCCUAAGUCUUCGACUCUCAUUCCAUCAGAGGAGGUCGUCACUGACCCUUCUCAAGUGAUGCCAGUGGUUGCUGAUGAUGUCAGCGACGGUUCCAACUCUUCGGAGGAGAGCGAGACUGAACAUUCGGAUGGUACGGAAGAUGAGCAAAACUCUCCACGUAGUGGCGAUGGUCAGGAGAGUGACAAGGACAAGGACAAGACGCCAAGGAAUGACCCGGGUAGUUCUUCCUCCGCUGUUGCUACUGGUGCGUCGGAGACCUUCACUGUGCCCGAGUCCUUCAUUGACGCCGUCUUUGAGGAGGAGGUCAACCAGGCGCUGGUGAACAAGGACGAGGCAGAGUUGAGGAUGCUUUUGAGCAAGGGCAUGAACAUCAACAAGUUCUACUAUGACAAGUGCGUGGAGUUGCGAGCGGCCGGUAACAAGGCAAAGCGCAUCCGUGAGAAGAAGGAGCGGAACUUGCGGAAGGCUCAGGAGAAGCAAGAGCGUGAGGAAGAGGAGGUCACGGAUAUCACCAUCACGGUGGUGUUCGGUGAGACUACCUUCAGCAUGACUAUCCCCAAGUCUUGCACUCUGAAGAUGUUCAGAGAGUUGUUGGGCGCUUUCCAUCCAAAGCUUUUCCCUUCCAAGAAGAUGCUCAAAGGUCUUCGCUAUGAGUUUGCUGGAAAGAGCAUCGAGGAGCAUGCGAGGAGGUGCUUUGGCGAGGGCAAGGGCAAGGAUGCUGGAUGGCGCAUGGUGAAUGGUUCGGUCGUCAGGGUGAGUGUCCGUGGACUCGGAGGAGGCAAGCGUGCCAUCACUUCCAGCGGUGGCAAGUCAAAGGAGGAAAGUCUCAAGUCGUUGGAUGACAUCAUCAACAUGUCGCUGUUGCGCUUCCAGAGCGUUCCGAAUGCCUCGCCUGCCAUCAGUGAGGUCGCCAAUCAGGUCACUCAGGCGCUUGGAAGUGUGAAGAGCGGAGCGCUUGACAUGGAUACCCUCAUCAAGUCGCUUCCAGAGAAGGACAUGGAAAAGUUGCUCUCGGUGACUGCCAUCUCUACGAAAAUGGAUGCUCGUUGCAAGGCUGUGAGCGACAUCAUCUUCUCCAGCAACCUGAAAAAACUCAAUGAGGUCAAGAACCAGUUGGAGACCUCCUACUACACGCUUCCUACCCUGACGCAGUAUAUCCUCACUGAAAAGUAUGGAGACGGUGCCUCCAACAUUUCUUGGACAUCCUUCACGUCAGCGGUGGGUCGCUCCAUCAAGGAACAUGCCAAAUCACAGAAGGGCACUGACGCAGAGAUGUAGACAAACAUCACUGAGAUGUGAUGCUCAUUGAUGUCAGUCAAUGAAAAAACACA